CCCCUGUUGUGUUCACUCCAACACAGACCUGGGAGCAACUCCAGAGCCUCCUCCAAGAUGCUGGUGGUCCUGCUGACAGUGGCUUUGCUGUCUCUGAGCUCAGCUCAUAGCUCAAGCGAAGAGACUAAGGAUCAAGAUGACUAUAUACUUCUGAGAUUAUCCCAUGGAGGAUACCCACUUGGAUUCUCUGCUAGCAGUGAAAGACAAGAGGACAAGCAUCACCCAAGACCACCGCAUGAUGAAGGCAGCCACUCACAUUCUCACUCUCCACCUCCCCAAAGACCACCCCAUGGUGGAAGCAACCAGGCAAAGCCUCGUCCUCCUCGCCCCGACCACGGCAACCAGACACAGCCUCGCCCGCCUCGCCCCGACCACGGCAACCAGACAGAGCCUCGCCCUCCUCGCCCCGACCACGGCAACCAGACAGAGCCUCGCCCUCCUCGCCCCGACCACGGCAACCAGACACAGCCUCGCCCUCCUCGCCCCGACCACGGCAACCAGACACAGCCUCGCCCUCCUCGCCCCGACCACGGCAACCAGACACAGCCUCGCCCUCCUCGCCCCGACCACGGCAACCAGACACAGCCUCGCCCUCCUCGCCCCGACCACGGCAACCAGACACAGCCUCGCCCUCCUCGCCCCGACCACGGCAACCAGACACAGCCUCGCCCGCCUCGCCCCGACCACGGCAACCAGACACAGCCUCGCCCGCCUCGCCCCGACCACGGCAACCAGACACAGCCUCGCCCGCCUCGCCCCGACCACGGCAACCAGACACAGCCUCGCCCGCCUCGCCCCGACCACGGCAACCAGACACAGCCUCGCCCGCCUCGCCCCGACCACGGCAACCAGACACAGCCUCGCCCUCCUCGCCCCGACCAAGGCAAUGAAAGGAAAUGAGAAAAUAUCAUUCAAAAGUUAUGCUACUGGAGCUGUGCACGGUGCUAUUCCUUGUCAUCCCAACACUCAAGAGACUGAAUUCAUGAUGAGCCUAUGCAACACACCAAAACUCCAUCGCAUUUAUGCACAAAUAAAUAAAAAUAUACCACUGGAAGCAUAACUAUAUUUCAGCUUCAAAAUAAAUAGCUAGCAUACAA